ACAUUUUUCAUUUUCAUGAAAAGCAUAGAAUAUAAAGAUGAAAUGGAGGAAGAAUUGGUGAAAGUCAACACCGAUUGCGUUUAUUUCUUAGCCUCUCCUCUCACUUGCAAGAAGGGAGUUGAUUGUGAGUAUAGACAUAGUGAAAUCGUCAGGCUCAACCCGAGGGACUGCUGGUACUGGUUGGAUGGAAAUUGUAUUAACCCGACAUGUGGUUUUCGGCAUCCUCCGUUGGAUGUGCAUGCUCAAGUUCCGUCUGAUUCUACUGUAUUUCCGUACCAAUGUUCGGCAGCUCCGAACAAGACAAAUUUACCUUGUUACUUUUACUUCAAUAGUUUCUGCAACAAAGGUGAAAGAUGCCCUUUCCUGCAUGGUCCCAGUGACAGUGCCAUUACCGGAAGUUCUUUGAAGACUGGUGUUCCUCCAUUGGACCGUAAGACAUCCGUAGAAAAUGAUGGUGGAGCAGCUCAGACAGACAUUGCCCCAAAUUCUAAAACUGGUGUGCAGGUUAAAACUGAUUCUAAAACUGCCCCAAAUUCUGUUAAGGACACUGGUGUGCAGCUUAAAGUGGACGUCCAACAAUCAGUGCCCAAAACUAUGAUAAAGAAGAGUGUCUCUCCAAAAACGUCUGUUUUUGAAUUAGGACAAGCUGGUUUUGUUAGGUCACAAUCCUUGCUUCUAAAAGAAGGCACUACUCAAGCCAGAUCUCCAAUUUGCACAGAUGAAAGUUCAGAGGAGCAAUUGGAUGAUCAUAUUGAGCCAGAGGAGAGGUGGGAGUCCUCCCCAGGUUUCGAUGUUCUUGUGGAUAACAAAUCAGAUGAUUUGGAUUACGAGAAUGAUUCAGAUUAUCCGCUGGAACCUGAAGGGGAGCAGAGAGAGUACUUUAGUUAUGAUUAUGAAGAUUCAAUUCAGCAUGAUGUAGAAUUUUCAUACGAUCGAGAUGUGUAUAAUGCUUAUGAGGGUUCAGACAAUGAGUACAUUUUUGAUAAUGCGAGGAAUCCUUCUGCCCACCUCAGAGAUAGAAGGUUGGGUUCCAUAUUUCCCCAAAAGAGAAGACUGUUGCCUGUUGAACUGUCAGUUGAUGUGGAUCUUAGAGAAUAUUUGAGUUCCCGCAGGGUAGUCGAGGGUAAUCCUCUUAAGUGUCUGUCAAGGUCUGAAUAUUCUCAUCUGAUCAAUCAAAGUCUGGAAAGGCCACAGAGGCGUAGUGUGGGUCGGAAAUCAAGUAGAAGAUUGGAAUCAAAAGUGGGGAAGCACUCUACUGAAUCAACGGGAGGCCAAGGUGGUGUUUGCAAUGGUACAAACCGGCGUGGGUGGGUCAAGUGCCUGGAGCCUAAUCGCUCCAUCAAGCGGCCUUAUAGGGAAAAAAGACUACCUAGACGGGAAUCUAUUCAAUCUAAGGUUUAUAGAAAUCUGGUUUCAAGGGAGAGGAAAUCCAAAGAUGCGUCUACUGCUUUUACAGGUCCCAAGACCCUUGCCCAGAUUAGAGAAGAGAAGAGGAAAACUGAAGAAAGCGGUGGAAAAACGAGGCAUUUUAUCCUACCUGCAUCAACAGACUUCCAGGGUCCAAAACCAUUGAGUGAAAUCCUCAAGGACAAGGAGAGGCUAGCGAAGUAACAAACUUCUUAAGUUGAUUCGAGUUAAGGUCCUUAGCUUUUUCCUUUUUUACAAAAAAAAAAGAGUUAUCUUUGUAUUUUUCUUUAGAUUCAACCUCAAGGCAUAUUCUCUGAAGUUUUGAAAAUGUUGGUCCCUACUCUUAUUACCGGUGAACAUGAUGAGAA